GAACUCCUGACCUCAUGAUCCGCCUGCCUCGGCCUCCCAGAAUGCUGGGAUUACAAGUGUGAGCCCCCACACCUGUCCCGUGAUUUUUAAUUGACUUUAGUAUCUGUGUUCAGGGAGAGAAUGGGGUCAUAAAGUCAACCCAACUGCCUGUCACGAGAAUGGGAGCUUUGGUGUGAGGGUACAAACAGUAACUUUCUAACUUAUUUCAUAGAGCAAAUCUGUAACUAUUGUUAAAAUUUUUUAACCUGUUAUUAGUGGACCUUGGAAUAUAUUGAAACUUAAGACCAUAGUCUAUUCAGAACAGGUAUAUAACACUAUCAUUUUAUAGUACAUGAUUUGAAUUAAAUUGUUAGAAUUUGGCUUUGUUUUCUGAUUAGUGUCGAUUUUGAUUGCCUACUCACCAGUUAGUAAUCUUUGGAAAAAAGCACUCAAGUAUGCACUGUUUGUUGAGUAUCACUAUUUCAGGCACACUGAGAUAAAAUCUUCCUAAGUAAAGGAUGCCUUUGUAAUACUGCAAAUCACCUUUUAAUUCAUUUUGGUAAAUUAAACACAUAACGAAUUAAUUUCAGUCCAAACAGUUACAAAGUUAACAUUGAUGGUUGAUAUUUUUCCCCUAUUUUAGGCUAAUGCAAAUUAGUUUUAACUUACUAAUUACAAUCCAGUGAUUGGGAGUAGAUAAACAUAGAUUAAGAAGUUUAACAGUUAAAGUUUUAUUAUUUUUUAACUUUUAUUUUUCCAUACUUGAUUAUUUAAUGACAAAGUUAUCUUUAAAACAUGCACCCUGACAGAAAAGACAUCUGACAAACAAAACUAGCAAAUUAAUCUUCCAGUUUGCAUCUGCAAAAUAUGUCUCUACAAACAGAAGUGAACAAGUACUGUAAUAGACAGCAUACAUCUCUAUAUGCAGGACUCCUUUGUGUGCAAAACUAGGAGAAAGCAUGGGUCAAACAAGGCAAAUGAGGGUGGAAAAAACUUUAAAACUUCAUCACAGUUGAGUUGAAGGAGAGUUUGAAUGAAAUUUGUGAGGAAUCCAAAGCUUCUGUUGUUCAGAGGAAGAGCCACUACAGGAAGAAGAAAUGAGAAGAGCAUACCCUCUAAUUUGACAAAUAAUAUACAUAACUGUUAGGAAAAAAAUGCAUCUGAAGUUCUCCUGUGUGUAAUAUUCCAGAUAUUUUCUGAACAAAAAUAGUUCAGUCUCAUAAAUGCCUUUCCAUUUCAUUUCUACUCUGGGUCUCUGGAAUAUGCUUGCCAGUCACCUUCUGAUUUUUAUUUUAAAAAUAAAGUAUGCUGUGAAAAUAAUAACAAACCUGACACUGUACAUGUUUUUAACACAGAGCAGUAGAAUUUUUAUAAUGACACAGAAAGUACAAAAGCAAGGAACCCAGAAGUGGUUAUCACUGAAAUAAAAGAAGACUAAGAGUGUUACAGGCACAUGAUGAAAAAAAUCACCAAAAUAACACUAAUUGCAAAUAGGACAUCAGAAAUACGCUGCCUCAGUUUAGUGAUCCAAAAAGUCUUUUAGAUUUGUGGCUUACCUCCUCCAGAGAAAUGGAGCAUGUGAGUAAACAAAAAGGCAUGGUGCUUCUCUUGUUAACAGACAUUUAUAAUAAUACAAAACCAAUACAGAACUUGUUCCAGAAACCAUUAUAUCAUAAUUGCAGUGCAAAUAACUAUAAAAGAAUAGAACAUGGAUUAAAAAAUGUGCAUUCCUCUCCAUCACAGUGACAGAACAUCAAAAGUACAUCUGGAAGAACAGUUACGGCACAGUAUACAAAGACUGAAGAAUGAAGUAGGCAUAUUAAAACUAGAGUUCCUGACUUCGAAGAAAAAGUUCAACUUGAGAAAGACUUAGAGGGCCACUUGCUGCUACGUGGUUUUUUCUCUUGAUCAGUUAUCUGGUGCAUUCUGCUUUUUUACUUAUGAAACGCUCGUGUGUAAAAUGGGGCUACUAAAUACAUAAUUGUGUGUGGAAAUAGAUUAUUUUUCUAUCUAAAUGAUAGAAGCUCAGGAGAACAUUCUACAGUCUUUGUUUCUUAAUCAACCCAAGUCUGUCUAUCAAUUUUCCAAGGGGCAUAGGGACAGGGAAACUAAUCUAUUCAUAUGCCAUGGAUAUGGAUGCUUGUGAACUAGGGUAAGCAUAUAGGAAAUUGGUUAAACAAUGUAAUGAGCUCUAGGACCUAAUUUUUCCCUAUUGAAGAUGAAUUGCACUUACUUAAUAAAGUGGGAAAUCAAUGGGAAGGAAGCAGUGACAUAAAAAUCCAUCCCUCCUUGAGAGUUGGAACAAAUAUUUAUACUCAAAGGAAUCAGUAUAUUGUAUGUUGUGCUUUCAGGUGUGAAAGUUGAUUCAUUUCACUGAAUAUGUUGGGGCUUAUAAUUUCAUUAUGACCACCUUAAAUAUAUUUGAAAACAAAUGUAGAUAGAUAUAUCUAUUUUUUAAUUACCACUUUUACAUGUUUCUGUCAAAUCAGAUUUUAAUGUGAUUUUAUUUAAUAGAGUAUACGUUUUUGGAUGUAUAACUUUAUCAUACAAGUACCAUAGAUUCUCAGCCAAAAAUUUAGUUUUUGACUCCAAAGUAGAAACCUGAUGUCUGUACAUCGAGUUUUAAAGAUAGAGAAAAAUCUGGUGAUACCCACCUUUAAAAGUAAAAGUAGAUGAGGCCUGUCAGCCCCUGCUGAGGCAAUAAGUUACUUUCCCAAAGUGAUACUUUGAAUUCUUGUGAUUAAUUUGAUGAAUGUAUCAGGUAAUUUAUCUGACUCAGCAUUAUGAAAUAAUAUUAUUGGUUUUUGUGUCAUAAAAUGCUAGGAAAUGCCACUUUAGAAGCUUUGGAUGAGUCUUUUAAUCUUUUUUGAUAAAGCAGCUGACGUAAAUAAUUACUUUCACUGUCUAUUCCCCAGCAAUAAAAUGUCGUGGUUAGUGAAUGUGAAAUUUGGAAAGCAUCUCAUUUUCCAGAACUCUACUAGCAUUUCAACAGUUUCAUUCUCCUUCUUCUGUGGUUUCAUAUUUUGGUUCCUGUAUUUCACCAAGCAGCAUCACAGUUUUGAAGUCCUAGGAUCUGAAUGAAAAAAGAAAGAUAAAAGAUAGUGGGGAAAGCUUACCCCAGAGAGGGAAAAGCUUCGUUUCUGUUCUUGAAGCCCCACAAUGUCACAUUCUCUAAAUCUGGCCGUCAGUGUAAACUCCAGGAGGUAAAGAUAGAAGAGGACAGAUUUCAUGGCUUUGUCCUUUUAUUUCUCUGCUUCUGCUCGUCACAAGAGGGUGAAAUUUACAUUAGACAGCAAAGAGUGGAUGGGAAAACACAAAUUUGGAAUGGGUCCUUUUUGAAAGUUUGGAAAAUUGUGUUGUAUUCACUCAAACAGAAAUAAAUCAGACUUUAUAUGAAUUUCAAAGGAAAAAAUCACACUAUAACUUACAUUAAUAAUUAUAUAAUGAUAAAAUGAGAGUAAGCACAAAGUAUUUUAAUGACUUACCAUGACAGACUGAAGUUAUAAAAUGAAUGAAGACAGAAAAGUUCUUUCUGUUGGUUAAAAUAAUGACAAUUAUUCUCAGUAUCAAACUUUCAUUGCAGCUUGCAGAAAAAAUGAAAAAGUGCAGAAAUAAGAAAAUGGAAGUGUCAAGAAACCUAAAUGCUGAUGACAGUGACAAUGAUGAUAAUCAUGAUGAAUUAAUUUAAGAAAGGAGCAGAAAACCUGAUAAUCAUCAGUUUCCCAGGCAGAAGAGUGAACAGUAUAAUAGUUGUUUGGUACCCAGCUGGGAGAAGGAGGCGUCAUCUGCCGCAUGCUGAAGGCUGAAGUCUGCAGGACUGCGACUGGCCUCCCUGGCUCGCCUCACUGGCUCACCUCACAGCAGUUGGUGGCAGCAACGGACACUGCAGCCAGCCAGAGUGUAGAAAGGUGACAGGGACUGCUCUACAUUUGGCGUGUGCCCACGGCCAUCCGGGAGUGGUAGCUGACUUGGUGGCCAGAAAAUGCCAGCUUAACCUCACUGACAGUGAAAACAGUACAGCUCUGAUCAAGGCUGUACAAUGUCAAGAAGAAGUUUGUGCAUCCAUCCUGCUGGAACAUGGCGCUGACCCAAAUGUUAGAGAUAUGUAUGGCAACACUGCUCUGCACUAUGCCAUUGAUAAUGAGAAUAUAUCAAUGGCAGGAAAACUGCUUGCAUAUGGUGCAGAUAUUGAAGCAAAAAGCCAGGAUGAAUAUACAUCACUUUUACUUGCCAUAAAUAGGAAAAAAGAGCAAAUGGUGACAUUUUUGUUGAAGAAAAAACCAGAUUUAACUGCAAUAGAUAAUUUUGGAAGAACAGCCCUGAUACUUGCUGCUUGUAAUGGAUCAACAGGUGUAGUCUUCCAGCUUCUUCAGCACAAUGUUGAUGUCUGUUGCCGAGAUAUAUCUGGAUGGACUGCAGAAGACCACGCCAUUGCUUAUAACUUUCAAGCCAUUCGCAGACUAAUUUCUGAAUAUAAAGCAAACAAGAGACGUAAACGUCUUCAAAAUAGGAAUCCAGAAGGAACAGCUAACAGGAUUGCCGCUUUGCCAAAAGGAAAAGCAAGUGCAAAAGUAGCGCCUGCUGUUACCAUUGAAGACUGCAUGAACAGGCUUUCCUGCAGACUGGAUACUUUUUUAGUGCGUAUGCGACUAAAAAAGGAUGGUGACUUCAAUUUUAAAUCCAAGAAUGCUCCAGAACAACACUUAACGAAGCGAAGAACUAUUUCUCAACAACCAACAAGGACUAUUUCUCAACAAGCAGUCUUCUCAACAAGGAAGAAUCUGAAAACGACAUAUGGUACUGUGAGAACAGGAAAUAUAACUUUGCUUGAGGGCAGCAGUUCUGACAGCAAAAAUGAAGAUGGGGUUAAAAUCCAUCCUGAAAUCGUCAAUGGUCAGCCUCGUCGACCUACACACCCUGGUCUGAAACCUUCCCUCAAUCCUAUAGUGAACCCUGGUGUUACAAAGGAGGAAGCAACAAAACCAUCAACUGGAAGAAACAAAAAUGAUAAGUCAUCAUCAGGAUCAGAAGAGGAAGAUAUAGGAUCAUCCCGUAGUUCUAAGAGUAUCUCCAAGAAUCUUCUCCAGAAGCAUGGUGGUCAUUCAUCUGGACCUGCUGAUCAGCAGAGGAAAAAUGCAGUAAAUGGAAAUGUAGAUGAACAAGACUUAAAAUUGAUAUCAGAGGGAAAGCAAGACAGGCUUCAAGGAUGUGAAAAUAACCAGCCACAGGUUGCAGAAAAAAUGAGAAAGUGCAGAAAUAAGAAAAUGGAAGUGUCAAGAUACCUACAUGCUGAUGACAGUGACGAUGAUGAUGAUGAUGAAUUAAUUCAAGAAAGAAGGGGCAGGAAAUCUGAUGAUCAUCAGUUUCCCAGGCAGAAGAGGGAAGAGUACAAUAGGCUUGCAAGGAAAACCUCUAAUGAAAAGAACAAGGUUAAAAGAGAUCUAUAUUCCAAGGAUGACCUCAAUGACAUAAUUUGGUCACCUGAAACAUCCUCGGAGGAUGAUGACUUGCCUUAUUCCAGUGAUAAAAACUUUAUGUUAUUCAUUGAACAACAUGGAAUGGAGCAUAAAGUUCUGGAGUCUGCAGAGUCCAAGGUCAAAGUGCUGUCAAAUUUGCUGUGGGAUUUUGUUAGCCUAUUGAAAAUCAAGAAUGCAAUAACUGCAUGUGAAAGAUCAAUAGAACAUAAAAAAUGUAACUGUGAACAACUUAAAGUAAAAUUUCAAAAAAUGAAAAAUAAGAUUAGCAUGCUACAAAAGGAACUAUCUGAAACAGACGAAACCAAAUCACAGUUAGAGCAUCAGAACCUUGAAUGUAAACAAAAGCUCUGUAAUUUCAGCUGUAUCUUACAAGAAGAAGAAGAAAAAAGAAGAAAGGCUGAAGAGUUGUAUGAAAAAGAUACGGAAGAGUUAAAAAUAAUGGAAGAGCAGUACAGGACACAAACUGAAGUGAAAAAACAACUUCAACUGACUCUCAAAUCAUUGGAAGUGGAACUGAAGACUGUAAGAAGUAACUCAAAUGAGAGUUCUCAUACUCAUGAAAAAGAAAGAGACCUGUGGCAGGAAAAUCACUUGAUGCGGGAUGAAAUUGCCAGACUCAGGCUGGAAAUAGACACAAUUAAAUAUCAGAAUCAGGAAACAGAAAAGAAAUAUUUCAAGGAUAUUGAAAUUAUAAAGGAAAACAAUGAAGACCUUGAAAAGACUCUAAAGCUGAAUGAGGAAACAUUAACAAAAACAAUAACCCGUUACAGUAAAGAGCUUAGUGCUCUGAUGGAUGAGAAUACAGUGCUCAAUUUGGAGCUAGAGAAGGAAAAACAAAGCACACAAAGACUGAAAACAGAAAUGGAAUCAUACCCUUGUAGACUGGCUGCUGCCCUACAUGAUCACGAUCAAUGUCAGUCAGCAAAAAGAGACCGACAGCUUGCUUUCCAGAGCACAGUAAAUGAAUGGUGUCAUUUACAAGAAAAUAUUAAUUCUCACAUUCAGAUUCUUUCUCAGCAACUUUCUAAAGUUGAGAGUACAUCCAAUGGCCUGGAAACUGAGCUCCAUUAUGAAAGAGAGGCUCUCAAAGAAAAGACAUUGGCUAUAGAACACAUGCAAGGAGUCCUAAGCCGAACACAGUGUCAACUGAAGGACAUUGAGCACAUGUACCAAAAUGACCAACCUAUUUUUGAAAAAUACGUGAGAAAGCAGCAAUCUGUAGAGGAUGGACUAUUUCAACUACAAAGCCGAAAUCUGUUGUAUCAACAGCAGUGUAAUGAUGCUGACAAGAAAGCUGACAAUCAGGAAAAAACAAUAAUUAAUAUCCGAGCCAAAUGUGAAGAUGCUGUAGAAAAACUUCAAGCUGAGUGUAGAAAGCUAGAAGAGAACAAUAAGGAGUUGAUGAAGGAAUGCACUCUUUUAAAAGAAAGACAAUGCCAAUAUGAAAAAGAGAAAGAAGAAGAAGAAGUAGUCAUGAGACAGCUUCAGCGAGAAGUGGGGGAUACCCUGAACAAACAGUCACUGUCAGAAGCUAUGCUAGAGAUUUCAUCACAAUGUCACCAUAAUUUAGAAGAUGAGACACGAGAUUCAAAAAAGAAAUUAGACCAGCUGAGAAGUCAAUUGCAAGAAAUCCAGGAUGAACUCACAGAGACUCUAAGAUGUGCUGAGGAGAUGCCAGACCACGUGCAAAAGCUUAAAAUAGAAAAUGCCAUGUUAAAAAUUAGAAUGAAAAAGCGAGCGAACAAAAUUGAGCAGCUUCAGAAAAUUUUGAUGCAGCAGGUGUGCAAGAAAACAUAACUGCAGAAGUAGAUGAAGAGUUAUUGUGCAUUUCUGUGUCAUCUACAUGCCAUGCGAGUCUUAAAACCAAUUGUCAAUUUCUACAAAAUACCUGCUUGGAUUUGGGCUGUAAUUACAUUACGUCAUGAGAAAGAAUGAACAUCUUAACAAUGUUGAGUCUCUCAACCCAUGAAUAAGGUAUUUUCUUAGAUCUUCUUUGAUUUUUCUCAAUAAUACUUUUUAGUUAUCAUUGUACAGAUAUUUUGCAUAGUGUGCCAGAUAUAUUCCCAAGAAUUUUAUUUUAAUGCUAUUAUAAAUAGUAUUAUUUUUAAAAUUUCAAUUCCUAGCAGUUUAUUUCUAACAUAUAGAAUUAUAAUUGAUUUUUGUAUAUUGAUCAUGUAUCCUGCAAUGUGGCAAAACUCACUGGUGUCAGUAACGUUAUAAUUGAUUUCACUUGGUUUUCCAUAUAGAUGAUUAUUUCUACAAAUAAAGACCGUUUUACGUAUUUCUUUUCAGUCUAGAUGCUUUUUAUUUUCCUCCAUUUCUUUCUUCCUCCCUUCCUUCCUUCCUUCCUUCCUUCCUUCCUUUCUUCCUUCUCCCAACUCCCUUUUAAAAAGUGGUUACAGUGGCUCGAAUCUGCAGUACAGUGUUGAAUAGAAGUGGUAGGAGCUGACAUGCCUGUCUUAUUCUCCAUCUUAGGGGAAAGCAUUCAGUCUUUCAUCAUUACACAGGAUGUUAGCAUUAGGUAUUUUAAAGAUGCCCUUUGACAUGUCAAGGAAAUUCUCUUGUAUCCCCAGUUUGUUGAGUUUUUUUUUUAAAUGAAAAAUGUUCAGUUUUCUCAAAUGCUUUUUCUGCAUCUAAUACAUAAUCAUAUGGUUUUUUACGUUGUUAAUAUAAUUAAAGGAUUAAUUGAUUUGGGGGAGAAAGUUAAGUUGAUAUUUAAUUUAAAAUAAUUUUUAAAUGUUUUUUCUUGAAUUUUUUAGCUUAAAUCUUGUAUUCUGUUUAAAAUGCUCUAAACUUUGUCAAUUCUUUUUGAAAGUUCUGGUGAAAUAUACAUAACAUAAAAUGUAGCGUUUUAACAAUUUUUGACUCCAUAGUUCAGUGGCAUUAAGUACAUUCACAAUGUCAUACAACAAUCACUAUCCAUUUCUAGAAGUUUUUCAUCAUCCCUAAAAGAAAUUCUGUACCCAUUAAACAUCUUCCCAUAAUCCCUCUCUUCAUCCCUAGUAACCUCUAUUCUACUUUCUGUCUCUAUGAAUUUACCUAUGCCAGGUAUAUUAUAUAACUGAAAUCAUAAAACAUUGGCUUUUUGUGUCUGGGUUAUUUCACUUAGCAUAAUGUUUUCAAGGCUCAUCUAUAUUGUACAGCAUGUAUCGGUAGUUUAUUUCCUCUUAUUUGCAAUUUUCUAUUGCAGAGAAAUACCACAUUUUAUUUAACAGUUGAUGGACAUUUGGAUUGUUUCCAGGUUUUAACUAUUAUGAAUAAUGUACUGUGGACACAUAUGUGGAUAUAUGUUCCUCUUGGGUGAAUACUCGAGUGGGAAUCGAGGUCAAAUGGUAACUGUGUUUAAUCUCAAGGAACUGUCAGGCUGUUAUUCAACACAGCUGUACAAUUUUACAUUUCCACCAGCAGUGUAUGAGGGUUCCAGUUUCUCCAUAUCUUUUCCAGUAUUUAUUUUUCAUCUUUUUUAUUAUAGGCAUUCUAGUGGUGUGAAGUGGUACCUCACUGUGGUUUUGAUUUGCCUUUCCCUUUGAUGUUGAGCAUCUUGUCAUGUGGUUACUGGACAUUGUCGAUGUUCUUGGAUGAAAAACCUGGUCAUUAUCCUCCUUUGACCAUGUUUUAAUUGAUGCCUUUUUGUUAUUAAUUUGUAAGAGUUCUUUAUAUAUUCUGAACAUGAAUGUAUUUUUUUACACUUUUUUGAUAAACUUUGUUCUAAAUCUUGUAUUCUUUAUUGUUUGUGUGUUUUAAAAUUUUGUUUUAUCAGGCUCUUUUCUCAAUAAUUUACCAUAUAUAUUAGUAUCAUAUUUCUAUAUUCCAGUCUUGUUUUCAUGAUUCGCUUCCUUGCCCCAAAGAAAAAGAUAUACUCUCAUUAUCCAAAUAAUUUUCCGCUUUACUCACACCCACUAUUUUUCUAUAAUCCACAUUCUCUCUCCUGGGGCAAAAGACUAGGAUUUGUCUUACUGAGGGAACUUCCUUUAUAUUGUUCAGGAGUAGCUUUAAUGAAGUUUUACAUAGUUGGAGACAUCAGGAGAAAGCAUGUAUGUCACUGCUUUCCUCAGGAGCACUGGCUCACGUGCCUUGAAAGGAUUUAGCUCACGUACCUUCAAUAAAUGGCCUAAGAUACUAACAGAUGCCAUGUCAUUAAGCUUCACAUUUACUUAUAAAGAAGAAGAUAAUUUAGAAUUUACAUGUCAAAAUCUAUUACAAAGAUGGCACAUAUUUGACUAAAACUCCAGUGUUUGUCGCUGUUGACAUAACUAUAGUCACUGCCUUUCUCAUCUGUUUUCCCUUUUUAACAUUUUUUUACAUUUUUAUUUGACAAAUGCAUAUUUUUAUAACCGUGCUUCCAAGUGUCACUCUGAUAUAUACUUCAAAUGAUCAUACACAGAAUUGUGGAGUGUGUUGAGGGGACUCAUCCCAUGAAUGGGAAAACUCAUAACCUGAGCAGAUGUCUCUGGAAACAGUGAGGAGGAAAGAAACUUUCUUUUCCUUUCAUACAGAGACUCCCCCCAUUAUUUCAACGCACACUAUCUGAACCACAAAUCAACAUCAGUUUUUCAACACAAAAAGAAAAAUACUCAAAGCAAUUGUGAGGGGAAUCAUCUUUCUGAAGGUCAGUUAUUUUAGGGGAAACACUCAGCAUAUACUAGAUGAAUGAAAAAAUGUCACUAAUGAGAAACACAUACCAUCCCCCACCCCCAAUGGCAUUUCUGUUUACCCGCUGACAAGACCUUCUGUUUUCUCACAAGUGUUGAGUAGAAACACUGCCAACACUUCACCUUGAUCUGGCUCAUGCCCACAGUCAGGAGAUGUUGACUUAUUUGGUGGCUGGGAAAUUUUACAUCCAUUGGUCCAUGUUUGCCUGUCAGAAAGGUUGAUAUGUCAGUGUUCAGUGAGCUCAUCUGAUCUCUCUCCUUUGGACUCUGCACAGGAGAGAGGUGGAAGGCAGGUGAAGACCUUCCCUGCACUGGGUGGAUGAAAUUUUACUUUGUUCAGGUUCCAAAGUCAAGACUGGGAGAAAUAUUUGAAAAUCUUUUUUUGGUCAAGGCAUUAAGCUAUAUUUUCCAAAUCAGCUUUACCAGGAAUGAUGUCUUUGAAUAUUGAUAUAAUCUCUUGUUUUUAUUUCCAAGUUGGUUUAUAACUGAAAGGGGAGAGAUUUGUUAUCAAUUCACAACCCUAAUUCACCAACACCCAUGAAUCCAUUUUAAUGGAAUUCAGAUCUCUGAGAAGCAGAUAUAAAAUAUUUAUUCCUGUCUAACUGUGAUUAUUAUACUUCCGGCUGUGUUGCUGCCCGUAAGUAGAGUCUAUGUGCUGGUUCAUGCAUGUCCAGGGUUCCAGAGCAUUACAUUUCCAUCAGGAUGUAGAUCCCAAGAACGCCAGAGAGCACCAAGCAGAGGAUGAAACAGGCAAUUAUUUGCAAACCCUGCAGGUAAGAAGGUGGAUGCACCUCUUGGUGCCAGAAAGUGCCACGAAGUGCCAGAAAGUAAUG